ACAUGGAUUCGUAUAAUGUCACGACAAAAAUGUAAUUGCAUAUUACGUUUUAGAUACAGACACACACACACAAACAGAAGCUAUAAAUAUUUCCAUAUACAUAAUAUAUAUAACCCAAAUGUGCAUGCAUGUGUAUGCAUGUGUGCACACAUGCGGUUCGUAUUAUGCGGAUUCAUAUAAUGCGGAAUGUAUUCUCCCCACGUUAUACGAGAGAGUUAUCUAUUAUGUUACUAAUAAGUUAGAAAGUAAAAAGUUGUAUAACACAUACUCAUGAUCAUCCACGAGUUUUGACACACACAUGCCCACACACACACACACACAUAUAUAUAUAUAUAUAUAUAUAUAGGCAGAAAAUCUGAUGUACUACAUAUUGACAAUGAGUUGUUUUUCCUCAAUUAUGUUAAAAUGUGCGGAAAUGCACUUUUUAAAUGUUUCUUAUAAUGUUUUAUACGUAUUAUUAUUCCAUUUUAUACGUAGUAUUAUUCCAACGGUCAUUUUUAGUUUUAUAAUGAUUAAUGUAAAAUCACAAUUUUUGAUGAAUCACUUUAUUUGCGAAAGUUUUCCGUGAACAAUCUUAUUAUUAAGAACAUCAAUAUUCGUAAUUCCUCAUGACAAAAUAUCGUCCUUAUAGGUAUUUGCAGUGCUUUUUAUCAGCUUGGUAAUUUUAGUACACACGUCAUCACGCACUGUAUACAUUAGCAUAUUGUAUGUGAAUGCAAAUAUUUCUAAUGAAGAAUAUAAGAGGCUAUGAUAUGUUGAAUGCAAUAAAUUUUCUUUACUUUCACUUUUAGAAAAACCGAAUUAACUCCGUCAUCAGUCAGCCCACGGAAAAAAAUUAUUCCAAAAACAGAUUUACAAAAGGCGACAUUAAUUGCAGUGCCUAAUUGUGUAGAAUUUCGCAACUAUGAGUUGAAUAAAUUAUAUCGGAAAGUUGUAAUUCUGCAAAAUGUGAGUGUGUCCUUAGCCAGAUUCCAGUUAGGUAGAAGACCUAGUUACUCACACUUUACUGUCAUGAUUGAAUCUAAAGGACAAACAGGAGGCAUUCCUCCGGGAAUGCACGUAAAAUUGAUUAUUUCCUUCCGUUGCGAUACUUUUGACGAACCUGAAGAAAUGCUCGUCAUAAAUGUGCAGCAUGGACGAUCAGUUAUCAUUAAAUUACGUGGAUAUCGAGAUCCACCAAUAUUGACAGUGAUAAAUAUUCCGUACUUUCAAUAUCCACAAAGAAAACUGACAGUAAGAGAUGUAGAGUGGAUUAUGGAAAUCCCAUUUCAGUCAAUGAAUUCUCUUGAGGAGUUUAUCGAUACAAGUAGCAGUGCAUCCAGCACCCCUACAGAGAGCAUUCCAAAAUAUAAAACAUUGAAGAAUUUUGACUGUGGAGAGUGUUUCGUAGGUGAAGAAGUUACAUUACCUCUGACGGUUAAAAAUGUCGGUGGCGAAGGAAGAUUCUUCAUUAUGAGCGAGAUUGAUUGGUGUUCGAUGCAUAUCGAGGAUAUUACUAACGACAACAUGCUGGUUCUACCAUGUUUUGCUAUGUGGCCUGCAUAUUUCACACUUAAGCCGCAAGAAUAUAUACAUUUAUAUAUUUACUUCUUUCCUGACGCUCACGGACUGCAUGUAUAUAUACUUUUAUGGCAAGUAAUUUGUCGACUUACGGCAGAAAAGAGAUUUCGUUGUAAGGGAACAUAAGAACGAAACUGUGCCGCUGUGAUUUUAUUGCAUAGCUGCGGUCUUUGACCUAAUGCGCUGCAUGGAGUAUCCAAGAGAAUACGAUCGAAAGAAUUUUCUUGAAAUGGAGGUCCAUCGGUGUGAAUAAAACUGUGCCCUUGUUCCAUGACUGCCUUUGUAGCAUCGUAACAAAAUAUUUUAAUGUUUUCGUCUUUACAUUUUUCUUUGAAUCGUACCACUUUACCCGAAUUUUUUUCCAAAGCUAUUAUUGUACCCUGGAAAUUGCAUCAGAAUAAUGUUUACACAAUCAGUAUAUUUUUUACAGAAUUUCUCACAAUUAUUUUUUUUUCUUCUCUCAUUCUAAAGAAUAAGCAUAUGCUUAUUCCAAUUCAAAUAUAAGGAAAUAUAAAGAAAAA